AUCACUUUCCGCUUAGGUUAGCAUUCAUGUGACUUGCAAGAGGUCAUAGGUGCAGUCACAAAUUCUAUGAGGAACAUGGUUUAAGUGUCAUCAUUGUCUAUACUUGUCUACCAUUGUUUCUUAUUUUCUAUCAGCUGAUUUGUUUAUCUUUUGCUUUUCCCUGUUCCAGAGUGGACAAUUUGUUAAAUAGCUUCGUUAACCAAACAAAAAUAUCUUGAUUUUUCUGCGCUAGUGAAUUAAAACUAAGGUACUUCCGUUCGCCCUCAGAGCGCGUGACAUCCUAAUUAUAGGAGCUAAGAAGUGAUUCCAGUUAGACAGGGCAACUCGAACGAUGGAUAAAAGCUUGACCUGACAGCUAUUGGAAAAGGCAAAGCAUUCAGCAUCGUCACCUUCUUCCAAAUUAUGAAAAUCAUUUCUAAACGCUAGUUUGAUAUAAAAAAGUUUCAGGAGACAAGGCACCUGAAGUCGUGAUGCAUUUCGGAGCUCUGAAUAGAAGUGUAUGUUAUUUACCGGACGAAAUCACCCCACUUAAGGCAGUAGGCCUCAUGUCUCUCUCGGUGGUAACAGUGGUGUUAAACUCCUUGGUAAUAAUAACAAUCUGGAAGGAUCCAUUCAAGGAACUCAAAGGAACAGCUAACUAUCUCAUAUUAAACCUGGCUGUUUGUGAUCUUCUUGUGGGCUUUCCAGCCGAGUUGCUUUUCGCUCUUCUGCUCUGGUUUCCCGACCGUGUUAUUAUUGUCUUUUCCGCAUACGUUGCAGUAUAUCUUGAUUUUUAUGCUUCGUUUCUUACAAUACUGGGCUUGGCAGUCGAGAGACUCCUCGUCAUAUCAUCACCAUCGUGGAGUGCGGAUUAUCAAACCACCGCUUAUCGCACCGUUGGAUUCCUUUCUAUUUGGAUAUUUGCUGGACUGUUAGCCUUCCUUCCUGUGUUCGGUGCAGAUUCGUGUCACAAAUACAGAAUGUUUAUUACUGAUGCAGUCGGACUUCCUGUAUUGAUCCUGUUAUUUGCCUGUUACACACGAAUCUUCUUACUGGUCAGAAAAGAGUUUAAUCGAGAUUUGAGGACAAUCGACCAGAGAGGAGAACUACAACCCAUCACAAUAACUGGCCAAUGGAGAGAAAGACUUAAAAGGAGAGAAAGACAGGUGGCUUGUUCUGUAUUCAUCAUUGUUGGAAUAUUUUGCUUCUGUUGGCUUCCAGAAUUAGUGCUGGCAAAUAUCAUUGAAAUCUGUAGAGACUGCAUUCCAGAUAAAUUUCAUUUGAUAUUCCAUCUUUUCAUAUUGGCACAUCCGCUGGCCAAUCCUAUUGCUUACUCAUUGCAUACACCGAAAUUUCGACGGGCUCUCAAAAAAAUUUUCAAUCGAAAGGCCCCACUAUAAACCACUUGUGCGCCUGUUUUUAAAUGUUCCUUAACAUUUUUAUUAUUUUCAUUAUGACUACUCAAUCCUUAAAAACGUAAGGAAAAACU